AUGUGGGUGAAGCCUUCAGUGGUUUUGGCAACAGGAUUAUGGUCAACUGAUCGAGCUAAUCCAUAUUUUGUACUGCAACGUCGUCGAGGACAUGAUGAGCGACGUAGUGGUUUAAUGAGUCUUUUUGUGUCAACUAUGGAUUCUGUCUUAGAUAAUAAAACAAAUCAUUAUCGUAUACUUCAUGUUCGACCAGAUUUUGACGUUAAUUAUUUGAUAGCUGAAGCAGGUAAAAAAGAAGAAAUUGAAGAACAUUGGAAAUGGAUCGAAGAAAAUUUAAUGCCAAAACUAAGCGAAAUUGAUGUUCCUCAUGAUAUAACUGAUUUUGUACAAUGGAAGAUAAAGAGUUUAUGUACACAAGCUGAUAAUGAAGAAAUUGAAGAUUUUGAAUCGGACAAAUUCAAAGAUGCAACAAAAAAAUUUUAUAACAUAUUUAAUAUGCCAGCAGACGAAAAACUUGUUAUUUAUUAUUCCUGUUCUUUUUGGCGUGGUCGAGUACCUCGACAAGGUGUACUGUAUUUAUCUGUAAAUUAUCUAUGUUUUUAUUCAAAUUUACUUGGAAAGGAUAUAACACUUGUAGUUAAAUUUACAGAUAUUAUUUCUAUUGAUCGUGUACAUGCUUUUGUAUCAGAAGCAAUACGAGUACGAACUCGUUUAUAUGAACAUGAUUUUGGAAUGUUUAGAAAAAUUGAAGAAACAUAUCAUAUAAUGGAACAGAUAGCAAAUUUUGCAGCUAAAAAAUUGUUAUCUCAGAAAGGUGCAUUUCAAGAAGAAAUUUUCUUUCCAGCUGUAACAAAAAAAACAGCACCAAAAAUUAUAUCUCAGUUAAAACGUGAUUUGGAUGCUAAAUCUCGUAGCGAAGCAUAUCGAUAUCGUUUUCGCUUACCAUUAAAUGAACGUUUAGAUGGUGAAAUUGAAUGUCAUUUAUGGACACCAUAUAAUCGUACGAGUGUCUCUGGUAAACUGUAUAUAUCAUCUAAUUUUAUAUGUUUUACUAGUAAAAAUUAUCAUCAAGUAAAUUUAAUUAUUCCAUUUCGUGAAACAUUGCUUGUUGAAAAACGACGAGAUGAUUCAAAGGUAUCGGAUAUAAAUAUUCCAUCAGCAUUAUAUAUAACAAUGAAAGAAAGAGGUGAAAUAUUUAUUUUUUCACAUUUUACUGAUCGACCAUUUAUUCAUAACAAGUUGUCUGAUUUAUUAACACAAUAUGUUGAAUCAACAAUAUCCACUAAUGGUAUUCCAGAUAUAACUAUAUCGCCACCACUUUAUUUACAAUUUAAUAGUAAUUAUACAGAUGAACAACGAGCAUUUGAAAAAAUCCGAGAAACUGAUUGGCAUGCACAUUUUCUAACCUAUGGACGAGGUUCAACAAUGUAUCGAACAAAUGAUCUAUAUGAUCUAUUAUUUCAAGGUAUACCAGAUUCAUUACGAAAUGAAUUAUGGCUUAUAUUUAGUGGUGCAAUAUAUGAUAAAGCAGCCAAUAAAGAUGUUUAUAGAAGAUGUGUUUAUGAAUCAUCAUCUGAUAAAACAGCCCAAGACGUUAUUAAUGACGAAAUUGAACGUGAUCUCCAUCGAGCUUUACCAGAUCAAAAUGCAUAUCAAAGUAAACCAGGAAUUGAUGCAUUAAGACGUUUAUUACGAGCAUAUGCAUGUUAUAAUACAGAUGUUGGCUAUUGUCAAGCUAUGAAUAUAGUCGGUGGUGUAUUUUUACUAUAUAUGAAUGAAGAAGAUGCAUUUUGGACAUUAGCAGCAUUAUGUGAAAGACUUUUACCAGAUUAUUAUAAUACGAAAGUGGUUGGAGCAUUAAUAGAUCAAGGUGUAUUCAAUCAUUAUUGCAAAGAAUAUCUACCUGAUUUAUAUGAUAAAUUAAAAAAUCUUGGCAUAGCUGCAUGUAUUAGUCUUUCUUGGUUUCUAACUUUAUUCAUUUGUGUCAUUCCUCUUGAAUCAGCACUAUAUGUUAUUGAUAUAUUUUUUUAUGAUGGUAUCAAAGUUUUAUUUCAAUUAGCAUUAACAAUUUUAAAUGAAAAUCGUCAAGAUUUAUUAGAUAGUGAAGAUGAUGGUGAUGCAAUUUCAGUUUUAACAAAAUAUUUAGAAAAACUAUCUGAUACUAAAAAUACUAAAGAUGAAAACAAAAUUAUUCAUUUAAUUAAAAAAUCUUAUGCUCAGUAUAAUGGUAUCAAUGAAGAAGAUAUCAAUCGUUUACGUUUAAAACAUCGUUUAAAAGUUAUACAAAAUAUGGGCGAAUCAUUAUUACAAUCAGCUGCAAAAAAUACUCUUAGAUAUACUAAAUUCGAUGAACAACAGAUCAAAAAUAUUUUUUAUGUUUUUAAAGAUGUUUCACGUAUAUCAUUAACAGAAGCAAAUGAUCCAAGAAAAUUGGCUUAUGAAACAUAUAAAAUUAAUCGAAAUGAAUAUUUAAUUUUAUGUAAAUAUUUAUCACCUUGGUUUAUUGGUAAACAACCAGAAGAUUUAGCAAAUAAAUUAUUUGAUUUAUUUUGCUUGAGCACAGCACCAGAUCAAAUUGAUUUUAUUCAUUUUAUUCGCUUAUGGAGUAUUCUAUGGAAUGAAGAUUUCCAAAAGAAAUUAGUUAUUUUAUUUCUUGCACAUUUAGAAAAUAAAAAUGUAAGAGAAGAUGGUUUUAAUCUUGUAUUCGAACCAAUUCCAGUUCGUUCACCAUCAAUAAUUAGUGAGAAUCGAUCAAUUGAUUUAAUUACAUCAACAAAAGAACAACAAUUACCAUCAUUUAAAAUAGAAAAUUCUGAAGUUACACAUCUCAAACCUAGUCGAUUACCUCUUAUGAAUCAGGUUGAAUUUAUACAUCUAUGUAAAUCUAUGUAUAGUUUAAUGACUGGAGCUGAUAAUGAUGAAACUUUAUUUAAAGCAUUGACAACUUCAAGUACAGUUCUUUUACAAAUGGGUGAAAUGUGUAAACCUUAUCGUCUAGUUGAAGUUGAUAAUAGUUCAGAUGAUACAUGGACUAUUAGUUUUGAACAAGUAGAACCUGCAUUGAAUGUUGAAACAUGUUUAGUACAAUGGUUUGAUAAUAACAAUACAAAUACUUCAUCACUUGAAAAACGUAUUCAUAAUUAUCAUCAAGAUAUUCUACGAUAA